UUAAAAUAGGAAUCAAACCAGCUUUCCUACAUAUUUAGCCAUAUAAGGAAUCCACUUAUUUCUUGCUCCAUUAAAUAGUGGUACACUAUUCAAUGACGAAGGUUGCAAGGACUAGGAGCAGUUCCAGAUGGCAUCUCUCAGGGAUGACCGCUGUAGUCACCGGCGGCACUCGUGGAAUUGGGCAUGCUGUUGUGGAGGAACUAGCCGAGCUGGGUGCGACAGUCUACACAUGUUCACGUAAUGAAGCAGCGCUUAAGGAAUGCUUGAAAGAGUGGUCCGCGAAAGCCUUUAAAGUGAAGGGUUGUGUCUGUGAUGUAUCUUCAAGGGAUCAGAGAGUUCAACUCAUGGAAAAUGUCUCCUCAGCUUUCGACGGAAAGCUGAACAUUCUUAUCAACAAUGCCGGGACAAACAUUAGGAAGCCCACCACUGAUUACACUGCUGAGGAAUAUGCCCAUUUGUUUGGUACCAACUUUGAAUCUGCAUACCAUUUAUGUCAACUCGCUCAUCCUCUUCUAAAAGCUUCUGGAGUUGGAUCUGUUGUCUUCAUCUCUUCCGUUGCAGGUCUGGUUCAUUUGUCCACUAGUUCUAUUUAUGCAGCAACAAAAGGGGCGAUGAAUCAGCUUACGCGAAAUUUGGCUUGUGAGUGGGCAAAAGACAACAUUCGGGUUAAUGGUGUUGCCCCGUGGUAUAUAAGGACAUCUUCAGUGGAAUAUGCACUCAAAAAUAAAACAUUAUUGGAUGGAGUAAUAGCCAGAACUCCCCUUAUGCGCCCUGGAGAAGCUCAAGAAGUAUCAUCCCUGGUUGCUUACCUCUGUCUUCGUGGGGCAUCUUACAUCACUGGGCAAGUUGUCGCGGUUGAUGGAGGAUUCACCGUCAAUGGGUUCGACUUCACAAGCUAUUGAUAUUUUGCAUCAUGAGGCGGAUGUAGCAUGAGUUCAAUAUGUUCGACUAGACUAAUCAAUUUUGGCACAAAAUAUAAUGCCAAAAAUCAUUACUAUCUAAAGAUCUUUCAAUUCGAAGGAAAGGUGAUGCUAAAAGCUUGUGAUCGAGUUAUUCCGGUUUGGCAGUAGUCCCUGUUAUUUGCAUGAGUCAUAACAAUGUUGACAGCUCGCAUUUUCAUCAACCCCAAUGUGUAAGUUUUAAAAAUUUCACCCAGAACAAGAUUGGCGUAGUUCUCAUUGAACCUU